ACCUCUAGUCGCAUAGUACAUUCUUUGCAGAAAAGAAUCAUUAAAUUAAUAAUGUAUAGAUUAUGAAUAUGGCCGCUAGAUCGCGUUAAGACCUAGUCAAUUGACAUAAACACUUUCUCCGACCACUAUUUUUUGUUAGACACGCAACCAAUCUAUCUUAAAUCGUGAUUGAAUCAUUGAGAUUGGCAUCUUUAUCAAUAAAAUAUAAGGCAAUUAUCACUGCACUCGGGGCAAGAAACGGGUAGAGUGCGCGCAUGUGAAACAUGAACACCUGCACUAAAUAUUUCAUAUGGAACAUAAAAAUGUACACUAGUGCAGUCGGGUGGAAAACGCUGUAACUACUUGUUAUAGUGUCUCAAUAUUUCGAAACCGGUAUUGUAAAUUCUAUUUACGCCAAUGGUUCUGUGUCAUUACUUUUUUCCUACCAAAUAAUAUCAAAACUAUUGAAAUGGAAACCUGUAAUUUAAGUAAAGUUUCAGAAGAUGACGAUUGUAAUAAUAUACAAAAAGUUGAAGAACAAAUUGAAUCGAAAAUGUUGUCAGCGGAUAAAGAAAAACUCGUACAAGAAUUAAUUGAUAUGGGAUUUUCUAAAUCAGCAGUAGUACAAGUAAUGCAUUUUUUUUCAUGCUUACCUACUUAUAAAAUAAGUAUUUAUUUCUAUAAUAUCAGUUCUCAUUGUCUCAACCUUUUCAUAUCUGCUUACUUAUUACAUAUUUUGAAAUUUUUCAUGUAACAAAUUUGCAUGUUAUUUUAUAUAUAUGAAGCGUUUUAUUAUGAAAUCAUAAUUAUUAACAUUCAAUACACAAAAGUAAAAUCAAAUAUGUAUCAUUAUUAUUAUUUAUAGAUUAAUUUAUUACAUUAUAACUACUUCAUAACUUUUUUUUCAUUUAUCAAAAAAUGUCUUCAUGUACAAGUUGAGAACCGAUCAUCUAUAAUAUACAUUUUCUUUAGAUUGUAGAAAAUGCUAGAGAUGUACCUAAAAAUAUGAUUAUAGAACAACUAUUAUCAUCAAACUAUAGGCCAGAAAAUUUACCAGUACUAGAUGAUGAUGACGAUCCAAUGUGGGAAGAUAUAACUGUUACUAAUAAAAUGGUUAUUGUUAUAAACAAAGGCCUAAAUAUGGGCAUUGGGAAAAUUGCUUCACAAGUAAUUCAAUAUAAUAGCACAAUUAGAAUUUUAAAUAAUGAUGCAAAUAACACAAAAAUUAAAUGCAAAGUAACCUUAUUCAAAUUUUCUAGGCUGCACAUGCUGCUUUAGGACUGUAUGAAAUGAUGAAAGAAAAUAUAGAUCUUACAAAUAAUUUAAUUUCAUGGAAUGAACAAGGGUAAGCAAUUUAUAUCAAAUAAAAACUUAUUUAUUAGUUGUCAACAAUUUUUCUUAGACAAAAUAAAUUGUUUAAAUCUUAAGAAAAUAAUUUCUUCACGAAAUACAAUUUAAAAUCAAAUAAUUAUCAAUGUUAAUACAGGUGCGUUAUGUAGCUUUAUUUAAAUGUUCCUAUAAUUAUUAAUAUUAACAUGACUGCUCUUAUGUGAAAAAACUUAAAAAUUGGGUGGCCUCCUUUAUUAAGGAAUCGAAACUUUAGCAUAUUGGGCAAUCGCUUUUCCACCAAGCUAUCCGGUACCUGACUUAAUAUUAUUUCCACUAGAUUUACAUAAUCUAAUGUCUUGGGUUUUGGGCAAUUGUGAUGAAGUUACCAUGUGUUUGGUUGAGGGAUAAUGUCACUUGUGAGGAUUGUGUCAUUUUUCAUCAUAUUUUAUCUGUAUUUUGUACAGAAGUCGAAAAAUAGUUGUUGAAGCUAAAGACACUGUUGAACUAAUGAAGUUGUGUUCAAUGGGCAGAAUACACAAUAUACCUUUUUUUUGUGUUCAUGAUGCCGGUCGAACAGAAGUUGCACCUGAUUCAUUUACUGCACUUGCAUUUUUUGGAUCCGAUGAAGAAUUAAAACAUGUAACUGGAAAGCUGAGACUACUGAAAUAAAUUAAUGAACUAUUCGUUUUGAAAAACAUUUAAUGUGUAAUUAGUUCAAUGCAUAAAUUUAAAAUUAUAAACUUAAUUUUUAAUUAUAUAACUAUAAAUGUGCUACAUGAAAACACAAUAUUGAAUUGUAUGUGAAUAGAAUGAAAAUAAAACAACUGUUGAAGUAUAUAGUUUAAUAAUUUUAAAAAUACAAAAUAAUUAAUUAUUAAUAUUUAGAAACCAAAAUGAUUUACCUAUAAAACUUUAAUCUAGGUAAUUUAUAUUAAAUAAAAAGAUUGCUUUUAAAUGAUUAAUCAAUCAAUAAUCGGUUAUCUAAUCUUACAAUAUUAUAAAUGGUCUAAAGAAUUAAUUACGUGAUAAUAAUCCAAAUGAAAUAGUAAUAUUUAACUUAGUAGAUACAUAAUACAUGUUGUAUAAUUUGUAUAGGUAUAUUACUUUAAAAAGCAUUAUAAAUAUCUGACAAUGUUGUUACAUUUUUUGCCAACACCUUACAAUAAAAUCUAACCAAAAAUUAUGACAUAGUCAGCCUAAAAGAGGUAAUUAAUAAUUAUAAAAAAUAAAACACUUUGUUCAUGCAUAACCUGAGAAUGAGUAAAUCAUUUAAUACAUUAUAAAAACAAUAAUCAGUGUUUUUCUUCUGUUUUUAAUAUGUCAGUCUAAAAGGGUUUUAAAUAAAAAUUAAUUAAUUAAAAUAAAACCAAGAAUUGUUUGGAGGUUAUUUGGUUUGCAUGAAUGUGUUUAAUUUGGCCGAUUACGAUCAUAAAAGAACUUAGAAGCAUUUGGAUAACGGUCAGGACUAAAAUCUGGAUGAGUGUCUAAUCCUGAUCUGCCCAGUGUCUUAAUACGCUCAGUAUACGCAUUUUGUACAGCGGCAUCAGCUCCAACAGUUGCUGUAACUUCCUUAUUAAUGGUUACACCUGCUGCACCCAUGGCCACCUCUAGAUUUUCUAAACACAUUUUAUAAACAAUUAAAUUUAUUUUAUUUACCUAUAGGUC